AUGGAGGUCUCCAUUAUGACAGUGCCAGCAGAAGAACCAGGAAGUUUUGCUGUUCGGGUCAUUGAGUUAUGCUCUUCAACGAUGACAUGCAUGAAAGGCACAUAUUUGGUGCAUUUGACUUGUGUGUCUUCUAAAACAGCAAGAGAAGAUUUAGAACCAGUAGUACAGAAAUUGUUUACUCCAUAUACAGAAAUGGAAGCAGAAAAUGAACAUAUUGAAAAGCCAAGGAUUCUAUGGGCACUGUAUUUCAAUAUGAGAGAUUCAUCAGAUAUCAGCAGAGAUUGUUAUAAUGAUUUACCAUCCAACGUUUAUGUGUGCUCUGGCCCAGACUGUGAUCUAGGAAAUGAUAAUGCAGUCAAACAGGCAGAAACACUCUUCCAGCAAAUCUGCCCAAAUGAGGACUUCUGUCCAGCCCCACCAAAUCCUGAAGAUAUUGUCUUUGAUGGAGACAGUUCACAACAAGAAGCAUCAGAAUCCACUGUUAUAUCAGAGACCAACUCGGAGACUCCCAAGGGAAAUACAGACCUGGGAUACCCAGAGGAGCCCUCUAAGUAGUGGAUAUGCAUUAGACUUACUAUCCUAAUUUGAGAAUUCUUGGCUUCAUAGUCCUGAUGGAUGGAGUAUAUGAAAACUUAGAAAGCAACAACUAGUAGGCAAAAUUACAAAACGAAAUGAGUCCUAGAAAUCUAAAGGGCAAUUUUCUUCAAAGAAAGCAUUUCUGGGAAAAUAAAACACUUAUAAAGCACAUUGACUUGCCUAUUUGAAGAUAACAAACCUGUGAGAUUAGCAUUCCUGGGAAUGUAGCUAUGAUGUUAAAGGGAUCCUAUGCAUUGUAAGUAAUUAUGUGGUAUUCACAUAAAUUUGCCACAUCUGGAGAAUCAGCUCUCAUACUUAUUUUGUUUAUUUGAAUUAUAUUUUCAUUCUGGGUAUGAUAUAACAGAUAAGAGCAUAUGUAAAUACAAUAGAGUAAAGCUAAACUAUCAUAAUCUGGCCAGAAGCCUAUAUUUGGAGUAAAAGUUGGUUUUAUUUUAUAUGUUAAAAACUGAAAAUGUUAAUACUAAGGUGUUUAGAUGAUUUGCUAAUCAUGAUUUGUUAGUAAGUAGUGACUUUGGUGUAAUAUUAUACACACUGGCUAAAGUUUAAAGAUGAAACGUAAGAAUAGAAGCAUACAUUUGGAUAAGAUCAGUGAUCCUUCAUGAUUCUACUAAGUCAGAGUAACGGAAGCACUAACCUUGUUCACAGAACUAAUUUGGUCAUGGCUAUGCAACUUAAAAUAUUGGGCAGCUUGUUUAACUUCUUCAGUUUCUGCAGAUUUAAAGAGGACUACUGUGCCUAGUGUGUCAGAAUAGUUAUGAAGCACCAUCCUUAGAGUGGCUCCUCUGGAAACACACUGUUUGGAACUUUCCCAUUGGUUGACCUGUGGGUAAAUAUCAAACCAACCUCACGAUCACAGUGUUACAUGUAUUGCGCUAAAUUUUUAAAAUGCAGCCUGGUGGUGGUGGCACACACCUUUAAUCCCAGGACUCGUGAGGCAGAGUGAUUGUGAGGAUCUCUGUGAGUUCAAGCCCAGCCUGGUCUACAAAAGCUAGUUCCAGGACAGCUAGAACUGUUACACAGAGAAACCCUGUCUCAAAAAACCAAAAAAGAAAAGAAAAAAAAUUAAAUGCAAGUCUGUUUCCUAAACUCAUUAGUAGCAAGUGGAUUGGUAGUUUUUAAAGACUUUAAAGUUUUUAAAGUCUUAGAAAUAUUUUAUAAAUUCAUAUUCCUCUUCUGGCAACUAAAUAUAAGAUCAUGGAAAACUAAACAGAAUCUGGCAGUUAAUAUACUGUAAUACACUCUUUACAUGAAAACAUGAGGGCUAUACAAUGGCAGCAAACUUAUUUGCAAUGCCUGUAUUUAAAUUUCUCUGAGCUCUGAUGGUCUACUUUCUUUGAGCAAUAGUUUGGACCUAGAACUGCCUGUAAAUAAAUAAACAAUAAAUAAACCCAGUUUCCUGUCAGGGAGCCAUGGCUCCAGUGAACAGCACAGAGUUCUUCAUGUGCAGCUGGUUCCUGGCCUGGCCAGGUUUCAGAGAAGAUCUCAAAGGAAACUCCCAGCAGAGAGUCUUGAUAAACAGAAAAAUCCAAGGACUGUUGCUCUUGCUGACCCCUUCAGAUUGAAUUGGAUUGAGAACAACAGGGAAAGCGUCCCAGACUCCCAGACUGCUCUUCUCAGGCUGCCUGCACUCCCGCUGUACAGCCCUCUCCUCUGUAGUACCCCUUCCCUUUUGUAAUGCCACACAAAUCAGGGACAGAUUCACAUUAUGACCUACUUUGUCACAAAGCUUCAGCUCUUCAGUCAGCUGUUGUUUCCUGAAGCCCAACCAGGGCAUGCACUAAAUGCCAAGUACAUACCUGUACUGCACCAGGUAUUGGUCCUGCCUCUCCAUGCCAGCAAUAGAAAAGUUUCUCUUAGAUGAGAGUAUUAAGUUGGAAUACAAUCACAGUAAAGUUGCACCAAUAAAAAUGUUCUACUUUGUUAUAAUAUCUAGAGUUAAGGAUUCCUAAAUACAGCAUGCACAUUUAUCUAAGGAGACAGGCUCUUAGAUAGGCUAAGAGUAAAUAGAAACCUCUGGACACUGCAGCUAUGUAAAUUGUUGAGCAACUGUGUUAUGCUUUCAUGGCCUAGCUCAUACUGUAUCUUUUUCCAUUCCUUUGAUGACAUCAAAACCAAUUGCUCUUCCUGGCCAUUUACUAAAUAUAUUGUUGAAAUGCUUAAAGCUCCUUAAAUACCAUGAAACUUUUUUAAAAUUGUGGACAAUUCUGCCUAUUUCCUGUCACCUCAGAAUGCAAUACGAAACAUUUUAAGAGCUUUUUCUUGUUUUCUUAAUUACUGCAAGGAAAUACUUGAUUUUACGGUUUGAAGUUCCAAACAAUACCAACAACAAACAUUAAGAUAGUGUUGUAAAACCGUAAAUCUAAAGUCAUAUGAAGAAAAUUGUUGUUUUACAUAAUGCAGAUGUUUCAGUAAUUUCAAAUUUGAAAGUUGCUGUAAUCAAAGAAUUUAUACUUGUAUGUUCAAAAUAUUUAAAUAUGCAUGCCUGUUUCUUAGUAACCAAAAAUCCUAUCAUUAAUUUAAGUGAUUGAUAUCAGAUCCAAUAACUAAUCCUAUGUUGCUUUUGUAUAUUUUUUCUAAUUGGUGUGCCUGCCCAAGAAAACAUAAAUAAUAGAUGUCACUUUCUAUUUUUCUAUAGUAAAAUGGCCACCACGUCAUGGGUAACUUAUAGAAUAGUGAAAAUUUCUAAAAUAAUAUCAAUUAUAAAGUUGAUUGUUGACAAUUAUUAAUUUCUGACAAGAUUGUUUCUAGAUUGUUUCUGUCUUCAAUUUUGUUUUCUAGUUCCUAAAUAGUAGCAAUCAUUUAAAGAAAUUUAAACCAUUUUCUUGCAAAUUACUUAUACACUGUUAUUGGUAUUAAAUAAUUUGUCUUUUGCUCAGUAAACUUUCUUAUAUGUAUUUGAAAAAGCAUGAAUAUAUAAUUGCAUACUGUAACAGGGAGUUUUCAGAGGAAAUAAAGACUUUCAAUGCCUUUCCACUGUAA